AUGGGGUGCGGAGGGCCACAGGGAGCCCGGGGGAGCGCACAGGCCCAGCUUCCUGCAGGCACAGUUUCCCUUUCUGCUGCCACCCCUGCCGGCAGCCCAGAGCCAGGCCGCAGGCCCAGGUGUCAGGACCCAAGUCCCCUCUGCCCUGUGACCUGCAGCUCAGCAGAGCAGAGAACCAAGAGGGACGGAGCGGGGCUGGAGGCCGACGCCUGGGAGCCAGGCCUGCGGUGCCAGGAGGCGGAGGGCAGGCCGAGGCCCAGGCCCCGGGGGGGUGAGGGCCGAGCCGGAGCCUGGGCGCCAUGCUGCUCCUCUCAGGGGGCAGCAGGCCUGGGCCUGAGCGAGGGGAGGUUCCCGCCCGAACGGUGCCCACGGGACCUGCGUCUGUACCGGAGGACAGAGCCGGUUCCUGCCAACCUCCAGGGACUGCGCGUGAGCUGGCCCGGCCCGGCCUGCCCACCGGCCGGCGAUGGGAGGGGCGUGGCGGCCGCAUCAGGUGUCCGGACGGACUCCCGGGAGGGUGGGAGCCCAGGUUCCCGGCUCCUGGAGGCUCCUGAGCUCUGGGCCGCGGCUCCCGGCCUGGCUGCCUCCCCCGGGCCUCCUGGAGGUGGGCGCCCGGGCUGGCGGGUGGGAGACCCCAGCGCCAGGCGGGGAGGCCAGGGCCCUGGAGCUGGUGGGUGGGCGGCAGGGGCUGGCUGCUCACCUCUCCCCUCCUCCUGCCUCCUGCGUCACGCAGCCCCGUGGCGGGUGCAGCUGGGGCAGAGCAGUCAGAUCUGGCUGGGACCUGCCCAGAACCGGCCCGGGGAGGGCGGGAGCUUCCUGAUCCUGGGAGCGCGGGCAACUGCGGGCGGCUGGGGGAGAGCAGCACCAGCCCCGGCCCCGCCUCCUCCAGGGCACGCAGCUGUGGCCGAGUGGCCAACCUGCCCACUGAGCCGCACCAGCCCCCUGAGUCCCCCGGGCCCCACACCCAGCCCCCGGCAUCCACAGCCUCUGCCCCUCAGAGAAGCUCCUGGCGGGGCCAGGCUGAUCCGGGAGGACGUGAGGGCUCUGGGGGGCGCUGGGGAGGAGGGCUCCCUGGAGGAGGCACCGCCUCCCCGGAGCCUUCCGGAUGGAUGCACAGAGCCUUUUCUAGAACCUCCGGCCGCUGGGCCGCAGCUGGGAGUCCAGGAAGGAGCAGGACGGACGUCGCAGCCGGGAGAGGCCUCGAACCCGCGCACCCUCUGCACCGAGCUCCGCCUCGCCUGCCCGGCGCCUCCCUCGCUGGACGGCGGCUUCAGGAGCCCGGCCCCAUGGUUUCCGCGGGGCCAGCCGCCCGACAUCCCCUGAGUUUCAGCGGCGGCACCACCUCUGCUCGGGGCACUGGGGCCUGGGGGGCCGGGGGACCUCCUACCCUAGGGCGUCGGGGCCGCGCUCACAGUUUGCAAACCGCAGCAGCAUGAGGGACCGUCCUCGGGCUCUGCCCAAGUCGUGGCCCUGAGCCGCCUGCACCCCUGAGUCCUGCCAGGCACCCUGCCCCCCGGCUUACUCGCCUAUUUCUGCCCCCACCCACUGGCCGGAAGCCCCUGAGGGGAGGGCUCCCGAGGUCCCGGGAGAUAGGCUGGCUGGACGGGUGGGCACGGGUGAGGACACAGGCCAGACACCCCCAGUCCAGGCCCCAGUUUGACAGCCGAGGGGGCUGCGGGCACUCGGCCAGCUGUGCAGCCAGCCCCGCUGGGCCGGCCGCUCCAUGACUCCCCUUGACAAGGGCCUUGUCCUCGUCAGCCUCAGUGUCCCCAUCUGUGAAAUAGGACGCUUGCUCAUCGGAUACUUGUGAGGAUGGACUGAGAAUUCACACAGGGGCCCGGCACGGGCUGCCGGGCACAGAGAAGGCUGCCUGGCACAGCUGGUUCUAACCAGCGCCCGCCUGGGCCGGAGCCGGGCCCAUGUGCAGCGGGCCGGGGGCGGGCUGAGCGUCAGACUCUGUGCCAGGCUCCUCUGAACCCGCAUUGUCCCAGCUGCUUAUUAUGCAAACCCUGCUCCAUCCGCUCCCACGGUCCCCGGGGCCGCGCGUCGCUGGGCAGCGCCUGGCUGGUGGCGAGCUCUCCCGGCAUCCCUGGGCCCCACGGAUGCGCCGUUUCCAUCACAGGCAGCUGGACGGGUCUGCGUGCUGGGCCGGGCCCUGCCCACCCCUCUGGGCUGGAGGGAGAGACGGCGGCUGGUGUGGGUGAGGCUGCCUCCGGGGAGCGGGCCUGUGCCGGCCACUGUGGACAUGGCCUUUGAACCUCAUCAGAAGCCUCACCGAAGAGAAGGCCAAGGCACAGAGAGGGAAAGCCAGUGGCCCGAGGAUACAUGGCCAGGAAGAGGCCGGGGCGCAGCCUGGCUCCAAAGCCCACAGGCCUGCCCUCGGCCGGCACCGCUGCCGCCCCGCCCAUCCCUCUAGCUGUGGGUGCCGUUGGCAGGGAGUGGCCGGGGUGGGAAAGCCGCUGCCAGCAGAAGGGAUCCGGCCACCGGCACCCUGGGCGCGCUCCCUGGAGCCCAGCAAGGGCUGCUGCCUCUGGCCUCUGGCUGCCCUCCAGCACCACGGAGGCCCCUCCUGGCCCCAUCCUCCCAGACUCCCCCUCCCCGUCCACCUCCCCCUCACAUCCCAGGGCCUGGGAGCCUCUGACUCCCCCUCUUGGGCCCCUGCCCGGCCCGGGCCUGCCCACCAGCCCUCACCACCCCCCUCCCAGCCGCGGGUGGUGGCACCUGCAUCCCCUCCUCGGGCACAGGAUCCGGGCCCUGAGCUGGACCCUCCGGGCAUCGGGGCAUCGGGGCUUUCCAGGUGCAGCCGCCCCCCUGCGCCCCCCCCCCUCCCCCCGGGGCCGGAGCCGGGACCCAGCCCUCAGCCCCAGUGUGAGGGGCUCAGGGCCUGUGCAAGGCCCCUCCCUCCUGGGCUCCCUCCUUCCCAGGCUCCUCCUCACCCCAAACCUGGGGUGCCCCUGCCCGGGUUCCAGCUGCACCCCACUGCCCACCGUCAUGGCACGACCAGCCCACAGCUGUGCAGGUCCCGUGUCUGCACCUGCUGUGGGCGGCGGGAGGUGGACCCCAGGGCUCCCUUCGGCUGUAGGCUCAUUUGGGGGAGGGUAGCGGCCGAUGGGGAGAGUGGGGCACACAUGUCCCUCAGGCCUGCUUGCCUAGGUGACAGCCCCCCCCAGCACCUAGGGGUGCUGCUCCCCAGGCCAAGCUCCUGCCGGGAAUGGCUGUGUGGGGCCCAGCUCCCUGCCCAGAGUGGGAGCCAGGGUUUCCACGUUGGCAUGGGAGGCGCUGAGCCCAGGUUCUGAGUGUGUGCCCCUCGCGGUCCCCCAGGCCCAGGCCCAGGCUGGGCAGGCGGGGGGGCAG